UUGCGCAAAAAAGUGGGUCAUGUGUUCACAAUCUGUGAAAUGUCAAGUCCCAGCUUUCAAUUGAUAUCCCGGAGUCGAAGCAAAAAGUUGACCGUCUUGCGUUUGCGCACCCGAUAAGUGCCGAUCGGGGCAGUAGCGCGCGGCUUGCGUUCUCGGAUGGACGUGUGAACGCGCGUGGUAUUUUUCAAUUUUUUUCCGCGCGAUAGGAAUUGUGUUACAAUUUCCGUGUAUCGGUCUUUCAGAGCGGAGAUUGUGGUGUUUUUUCCCACUGCAAAUGCGGCUUACAAAUAAUUGUUUUACAAAUUGGCAAAAGAACCCAUCAGCACUUUGUUUUGUGUAGUGAUCUGUGAUACAACGGUGCAUUCCAAACAGUGAUAAUGCGAAGACAAAAGUUGAACGUGGAUCCCGAUUUGGGGGAUUUGGAAGAGAUGCUGGCCAGCGUCCAGUCCCAGCUGGAGCAUGAGAUCGACUUGGAGAAAGAUUCGAAGCUGUCCUCUUUGACAAGCGUCCAUGAAUCGCCGAAAAUGGCUAAAAGGACGUCGUCUUUCAAUAGAGGGGAUACCUUAGAGUUCCGUAGAGCCCCUAGGACUCCUUUUAACAGAGUAAUGAGUGAGGUGAACUCAGGAAGUCAAUCUUUAAAUGGCGAAUUCAGGAAUGGUGAAUAUGGAGUAAUUGAGCAGUCGUUGCGAGGGUCGCAGACCAGUUUGAAGUCCGAAGAGAUGGGGUCUCAGACUUCGCUGAAGUCUUUUCGGUCUGAGCCUCAACAGAGAAUGUCUGUGUUGAGUCUUCCAGACAAAAGAGCAUCGAAUGCGACCUGGAAUGGGAAUGGAAGGUCCAGGACUGCAACGCUACCACGGGGAUACGGGUCGACCAAAGAGAAGAACUGGGAAGAAUACUGGGCUCACGAGCAAUCCAUAAGCAGCGCGCGCGCAUCCGUCAUGGUGUACGACGACAACGUGAAGCGCUGGAUUCCCUCGGGCUCGAGCGCAGGCGUGUCCAAGGUGCACAUCUACCACCACACGCAGCACAACACCUUCCGCGUGGUGGGCAGGAAGCUCAACGACCAUGAGGUGGUGAUAAACUGCGGCAUCGUCCGCGGUCUCAAGUACAACCAGGCGACGGCGACGUUCCAUCAAUGGCGGGACGCGAGGCAUGUCUACGGACUGAACUUCUCGUGUCGCGAGGACGCAGACAGUUUCGCGCGAGCCAUGAUGCACACGCUGGAGAUCCUAGCCAACAAACCGAGCGGCAAUUCCGCGCCGCCGCCGCCGCAGCCGCCGAACCCUCCCGUGCCGUAUAACGGGCACAACAACGCACACUCCUACGACGAGGACAUGGGGUAUAGAACAAUGACGCGAGAAGACGCGGCCAUAUUGCAGCAACCCCAAUACCACGCCCCUCAUAACGCGCAGCCUCAGUACCACGCAGCGCCCAGUCAAUACCAUGCGCCACACCACCAUCCCACGCAGGAACGACCGGCGCAGUACCACGCGGCGCCCAGUCAGUACCACGCGCCGCCCCAUCAGCAGCAAGCGCCGGCGGGCCCGGCGACAGCGCCGGCGCCGCCGCCGCCGCCGCACGGCGUGCACCACACGCUGCCGCACCAGCCCAGCCAGCCCGCGCCCACGCCCACGCAUCAUCGCACCAACAGCGCGCCGAUGCCGCCGAACAUGACUCUAGCGCCGGCGGCGCCGCCCGUCCCGCCGCACCAGAACCUGGCGCACGCGCCGCCCGCGCCGCUCAACAACGGGCCAGUUGCACCACCGACGCCGCCUGCGGCACCGCAACCGCCACCUAUGCAGCAACCGGCCGCCGCGCCGCCCGCGCCGCCGCCGCCGCCCGGCGCGGUCGUGUCCCCGCCGCCGCCGCCGCCGCCGCCCGCGCCGCCCGCGCCGCCGCCGGACCCCGCCGGCCUACAGCACCAGCUGCAGCAGGCGCGCCUCCGCCGGACCAGCGGCGCCGGGAACACUCCCGCUAAGGUAACGCCCGGCGUCGUGUCCCCGCCGCCGCCGGACCCCGCCGGUCUUCAGCACCAGCUGCAGCAGGCGCGCCUCCGCCGGACCAGCGGCGCCGGGAACACUCCCGCUAAGGUAACGCCCGCCCCGCCGCCGCCGGACCCCGCCGGCCUGCAGCACCAGCUGCAGCAGGCGCGCCUCCGCCGGACCAGCGGCGCCGGGAACACUCCCGCUAAGGUAACGCCCGCCCCGCCGCCGCCGCCGCCGGACCCCGCCGGUCUACAGCACCAGCUGCAGCAGGCGCGCCUCCGCCGGACCAGCGGCGCCGGGAACACUCCCGCUAAGCACCAGCUGCAGCAGGCGCGCCUCCGCCGGACCAGCGGCGCCGGGAACACUCCCGCUAAGGUAACGCCCGCCCCGCCGCCGCCGCCGCCGGACCCCGCCGGUCUACAGCACCAGCUGCAGCAGGCGCGCCUCCGCCGGACCAGCGGCGCCGGGAACACUCCCGCUAAGCACCAGCUGCAGCAGGCGCGCCUCCGCCGGACCAGCGGCGCCGGGAACACUCCCGCUAAGGUAACGCCCGCCCCGCCGCCGCCGCCGCCGGACCCCGCCGGUCUACAGCACCAGCUGCAGCAGGCGCGCCUCCGCCGGACCAGCGGCGCCGGGAACACUCCCGCUAAGGUAACGCCCGGCGUCGUGUCCCCGCCGCCGCCGGACCCCGCCGGUCUUCAGCACCAGCUGCAGCAGGCGCGCCUCCGCCGGACCAGCGGCGCCGGGAACACUCCCGCUAAGGUAACGCCCGCCCCGCCGCCGCCGCCGCCGGACCCCGCCGGUCUACAGCACCAGCUGCAGCAGGCGCGCCUCCGCCGGACCAGCGGCGCCGGGAACACUCCCGCUAAGGUAACGCCCGCCCCGCCGCCGCCGCCGCCGGACCCCGCCGGUCUACAGCACCAGCUGCAGCAGGCGCGCCUCCGCCGGACCAGCGGCGCCGGGAACACUCCCGCUAAGCACCAGCUGCAGCAGGCGCGCCUCCGCCGGACCAGCGGCGCCGGGAACACUCCCGCUAAGGUAACGCCCGCCCCGCCGCCGCCGCCGCCGGACCCCGCCGGUCUACAGCACCAGCUGCAGCAGGCGCGCCUACGCCGGACCAGCGGCGCCGGGAACACUCCCGCUAAGACUGGUGGCGCGGCCCCGGAGGCGGCGUCGCCCCCCGGCGGGGCGGAGCACUCGGGCUCGUCGUCGUCGUCGGGCGGGAGCGCGCGCGGCACGCUGCACUGCAUGAUGCACGAGAUGGCUCGCACGCUGGCACGCCGCCGCGCGCACCUCGACCGCGCUGAGAGCUAUUACUGCAUGAUGCACGAGAUGGCGCGCACGCUGGCACGCCGCCGCGCGCACCUCGACCGCGCUGAGGUGGUAACUUGGGAGACGCUGCACUGCAUGAUGCACGAGAUGGCGCGCACGCUGGCACGCCGCCGCGCGCACCUCGACCGCGCUGAGAUACACAAACCGUGGAAGCAAAAAAAAAUUAAGCUAACCUCGAUCGCGCUGAGAACGCUGCACUGCAUGAUGCACGAGAUGGCGCGCACGCUGGCACGCCGCCGCGCGCACCUCGACCGCGCUGAGGAGUCCUCGAACGACAACUCAGUGAACAACACGCCAAUGAAGACUUGGGAGCGCUCCGCUACGCUGCCGCACCGGCUGCCCGCCGCAUGCAACGGCAACGCUUCGAGCUCGGAGUCGGCGGCGGCCGCGGCGCCCGCGUCGCCGCGUUCUGUCCGCAAGAGGUUCGGCUCCGCCAGCGAGGAGACCAUACUUAAGCAAGUGAACGGCGGCAACGAAGGCGGCUGCGUAUCGGCGGCUGAAUGGGACGCCUUCAAGCAGGAGAUGAUGAAGGAGAUGCGCCGCGAGCUCACGCAGAUCAAGAAGGAGAUACUAGACGCAAUGAAGGCGGAAUUCGCGCGCAGAUAAGAGAGCCGCUAGGUCGUCGAGUGACAAACUAGUCCACCGCCAGCGACCGCGAACAAAUAUUUGAAAACACCAGCACGGUACCAUUCUACUAAUAUCAACGAGAAACCACCAAAAAUCAGCAUUAAUACUAUAGUUAUAACAACUACCAAUCGGUAAUCGAUAUUGAUGCACAACACUAUUCACGAGCUGUCAGUUUGACACAAAACUCUAGAUUGUCUACGGCUUCCCGCGCUUUCUGUGAAGAUGUCUUUACUACUUUUUGUGUAGUUAUUUUGUCAUUGUCUAGCUAUGGCGCUGUUGAGAGCUGAGCUAAAUAUAAUUUGGCGCUUUUUGAGGUAAGUGUAUUGCCUUGAUUUAGUUUUUUUGUCAUCUGCGCUCCAUACAACAAAAUGAAAGGAGGCUGUCUAUGUGACAUUUUUAUUUUUAAAUUUGAGACCGGAGAGGACGAAGGAAUACACAAAUAUAAUUUAGUAAAUAUCAAAUAAUAGAAAAUGUCCUAAAACUUAUAAUUGAAACCUUACCCAGUUAAACACAAAAUGCAUCUAGCACUGAUUAAAUAUAGGUCGAAUUAUUUCGUUAAUAUGACUGCUUUUAGCUAAUUUUUCUGCAAUUAAUGCUAAUAUACAUUUUUUGACUAUUUAUCAAUGUACUAUUUGUAUUCUAUAAUUAAUAUUGUAUACAUUUUUGAGAGUUUUCUUAGCGAAAUGUAUGUAAAUGUUGACGCCUAAAAUAUUUACCCAAUGUUCUAAAGCUGAUAUUGAACUGAUUUAGUAUUUUAAUCUUUAUCCCAAUACCUACUUAAAUAAAUAAAAGUAAUUUCAAUAGCCUAAUUUUGUUGCAAAUGGCCUUUAGAUAAUUUAUGGAAUAUCUUUGAUUUUACUUAAUGCAAAGGUUAAAAACCUUUUAAAGUGAGAUACGUGGAGUAAAACAGAACAAAAAUAUUUGUUCGUCGGUACCGGGGGUAUAUUGUGAUCAAAGCAACGUACUACGUAUAUAAAAUAAGGUCCGUCUGUCUGAUGGACGCGGUCUAACAACGACUAUCCAAUGGCAACACCUGAUGAUUACAGUUUUUGAAAAACAUUUUUGUGUUGCCAGUUUUGUUUUCAUAAUUUUCUUUUGCUUUUUGUUGCAUCUUAGAUGGUUUGAUAAGAUGGUGUGAUGCCAUAUUUUAUUUAUUAUUGACAUAAUCAUCGUGUUUGUAUUUAUUAAUCAUAAUAAAACUGUCUCUCUUUCAUUAGAUUAAGAUGUCAGUGUUGCAAGUGUAAAUAAAGAAAAACUACCAAAUCCUCAAGUGUUGCCAGCACAAAAAAUCGGUCUACAUCCGCUUCGAUGUCGAUUUCUAUCAACGUAUAUUUCGAAAUGACGUGUUUAUAAAAAGGCUGUUGUCGAGACAAUCAACCGAUUGGUUCGUAUAAUCGAGAUUGGUAUAAUUAGUAAUUAGCGCACGAAUCGAAGCAUAAAAAGAGCAAGUUGUGUUUUUUUAAUUUUAUACUUAAAAAUAUUUAUUCGGAUACGUAUUAUGUACGUAGUUUUUAAGGAUACUGUUUAUACUGUCUUCAGUAUUGAGUUUUAAAUUUAAAAGCAAAUAUGAAAAUCAAACUGCGAUGUAUGUUUAUUUAUUUUUGUAAUAACAAUACAUAGCUUUACAAUUUCAAACUAUAGCAAAUACCAAAGUCUUUGAGUGUUAAUUUUAAAAACAAUUUAUAAAUCAGAGUUACAAACUUUAUUAUAAUGUAUCUGUUACAUAAAACUCAAUAUUGAAUUCCGGUAAACGUUGAUAAAAAUAAAUAUGUGUAAUAUUCAUGUAGUGUAAUUAGUAUUACUCUAUAUUUAUUGACUUUACGUCAAGCGACGGUAUAGCGUAAGAUAUUAUACAUAAAGUAAUAUAUUAUAUUACAUAACAUACAUAUGCUAUGGCAUCGCCUCUGUUGCCGAGCGAUUAAUGUAUAUUUCACUUUUAAAAUAUCUGGACACCCUGUAUACAAAACAUUUUAUCGAGAAAGUCUUCCAUAAAAAUAAGUUUUAACUGUUUCAGUUUGAAUAUGAAUAAUUUCUUUUCGAGUUUUUGAAAUAGUGAAAAUGGUACAUUUAUUUUUUAUUUUCUUUUUUAUUCAGUUUUUUUUUGUAGGCAACACUGUUUUUUUGGCCAGAAUUAUACCUCAGGUGUCCAUUAUAAUCACAUGAUAGGCCAAACUAGAUUAAGACGCUUUAUAGAUCGCUCCCAUUAAAUAUAAAUAAGGUUUAUAGUAAUCUCACCCAUCUCUCUCGGCAACAGAGGCGAAAACGCCGUAUACUAUACAAAAUGUAUCACACAAUUUUAAAAAGUACAUGUCAGUAGCAGUACAUAAAAAAAAAUGAGGAUUCAUAAAAAUACGUUUUGAUCGUUAUUUUUUAGUUAAUAAGAGAAGUUGGACUGAUAUACCAUUCCAAUCACAGACCGAGUGAAGGCCUAUGAUUUUCUAAACGUACAAAACAGACCGUAAACACCAAUUUUUUACUAUUUACAUUUUUGUACGUGACACUAACGAAUAACGUAGCGAAAAAAUAAACGAUUGGCUUUUUUUAAAACAAAACUGGUGCUCAAAGUGAAGUGAUUCCAAUAUUUUUUCGGUCGUUCGACUGAAAGUGCAUUUAUGAGUUUUUAUUACGUUUUGUUUUUCGAUACCACAGUAGAAUUCCACUAUGAAAAACCAUUAUAGCAAGUGAUUAACACUUAGUGAUAUUUACUAUAUAACUAUGUAAUAUGUAAGAUACUAUGUAAUAUGUUAGUAUUAAAAAUCAUUUUAAUAUAAAGCAAAACUAACCAAAUUUUAGUUGGGUCUAGCUUAACGCUAUAUAAAUAUUAUGUAUUGGUCUCAGCUAUGUCAAAGACUAUUUAUUCUGUAGAAAAUGAUUAUGCCAUUAUGUAGACUUUUUCUUUUGUGCCUAAAUAAUUUUGAAAACUAAGUGAUGUCCAGAAUUCAAUUUCAGGAAGUAUUAAAUACAAAACAAACGAAAACUUCUGCCUACCGUCUUUUUGAGGCUAAUACUAAAAUAUAUUUUUUUCUGAUGGUUUUCUAAAGCCUGGUCCAUGAGCACAUAGAAUUUAGGCUACCCAUCCUUAUCGCUCGCGCGUAAUUAUGUUGCUGUCGCGCUCGCACACUCACUGCGGGCGCGCGUCGCACAGUCGCGACAGCAAUAUAAUUACGCGCGAGCGAUAAGGAUGGGUAGCUUGGGGUCAUUGGACAAAAUUCUACGUGCUCACGGACCAGGCUUUACCAUGGAUGUCAACUAGUUUUCAACUUAAAUAUUGUACGAUGUACUGCGAUUAAUUAUUAUAAUAAAAAAAUAUUAUGUUUUUGUAAUAUCGCUCUCAGUAUUUGAUUUUUAAAUGGAUAUUUUUGUUAGACAUUAUUUUUCGGUGCAUUCGAUGUUCGGGGCUUAUUCUCUCGAAUAUUUAGAUUUUUUUUGUAAUUUAUUGCAUUGUAUUUUAGUUAACGUCGCUAGAAUAGGUUACCAUACGUUGUUUAUACAAUUUUGUCCUUAAAUUUUUGUAGUCAUUUGAUUUAUGUAUUGUACAUACAUUUUUUAGUAUCGAAUUAUAUUUUUUGUGAUCGUA